UAUUCAACAAGAAGCCACAAAAACCCCAAAAAACACUAAAAAAAAAGUGUUUAUUGAAAAAACUCACAGCUCAUGCAUGCAGUUAUUGCUUCGGAAUCCUUGUUUGUCGACUUGCCACCAUGGAUGUUCACAUAGAAAUUGUAAGAGCUGAGAUGAAAGGGAUCACGAACUAUGAGCUGCAAUGUCAAGCUGAGACAAAAAAUGAUGGAGCUAUGAACAAAUCAGCAGCAAUUGAUCUACAAAACCACAAUACAUGGCCCAAGUUUUCUUAUAACUUCAAGCAAACCUGUCCAAGUGCAGCAUUUCUGUUUAGCAUCAAUACCCCUGAUCUAGAAGAAGACAUUGAUUCAUCAUCAACAGUCUCACAAAGCGACAAACCACCCAAGACAAUCGCAAAAAGUCUCUUUCCAUAUACAUUCUCCGUUUCGAAAUCAAAAUACCUACAACAAUUAGUUUCUGAGGUUUCCGUGAGAGCCAAGCAAGUACAAAUUGCAUAUCUGACCUCAGAUGUCGAAGGAUCAGAUAUCAAAAAAGUUGUUGGCACAAUUUGGUUUAAGGUAGUGUGCCCUAAGUCAAUCCCCAAGAUCAAGUCGAGAGUAACAUGGAUGAAUCUGAAUGCAGUCCUUGAUCACCUUGCAGAGCCAGAGAAAUCAAUAUUUCCAUCCUUACCUGAACUUCUGGAGAGAGAGAACGAACUGUCUACUUCAGAUCCGUUCCUCAGUGACUCUCCAAAACUGAGCGUUGUGUUUCACUCAGUCAACACGUAUCUCAAAGCUGCAAACCUCACGCCAGCUGCAAAGAUUGGCUCUAAUGUCAUCACGCGUGAGAAAAGCUUGUUUGAAAAUACAGAUGGUAGCAAAAGUCUCUACACACAUCAGAUUUUAAAGCCUGUUGCCUUGACAUCCGAAGGGAAUGAAGGCUAUGUAGAGCUGUAUCUUGCUAACAACGACUUAGUCGUGUUCUCUGCUGCACAUUCUCUGCAGAAGCUGUUGCCAUUUAAGCAGUACAACUGGGAGUAUAACUGGAGGUGGAUGGCAGGAACUGGUGGGCACAGUGCUCUGCAUCAUUCGUCUGGUAUGGAGGAACCCACAAUGACUGCUUCUGUUAUGCUCACACCAUCCGUUUCACAAUACCCAAAAUUUGAAGGCCUUGAAUUUCUCGUGUACGGAAUUGAGCUGGAUUCGUCCCUCAGAAGUGAGGAUGUUGUUCUUUUGAUUGAAUUUGCUGAUUUGGCUAGGUCUCAAACUGCAUUGAAUACGAAAAUGGCCCCUUUUAUGAACAACAAAGAAAAUACUGUGGCGGUAGUCAAAUAUGAGAAAACAUCUGAGACAUCCCCAGCUUACGUCUUCUACCCACUCCACCCAUUUUUUCGAUCCAAAGCGAAAGGAGUCAGUAUCAUAUUAAAGCUUUACGCUCCCAGCAGAAAACACAAGACAAAGCUAUGGUGGCAAUCUUCUCAAGUUGCAUCGACUAACAUUGAGAUUCCAAGUACAAUGAGCUCGGUUUUAUCAAGUCCAGACAAUGCGAAUGGAGUGUACUGGGAGAUCAAUGAUUCUGACAUAGCACAAUCCGAUUCAGAGAGUGUCGCCCACAAGAUUUUUGGAGUGUUGAGGUGGAAGUCUACUAGUAUGAAAUUUCUUAACGCAGAUGUCGGCACACAGAUGCAUUCACUUCCAAAUUUCAAUGACCUUUCUCCAGUUAAAGGUAUACAACCAGGAUUGCUGACAUCUAUUCUAUCGAAAGAACUCAGAGAUGAACUCGAGAAGGAGUCCAAACCAGAAUCAACAUCAGACUACAAAACGGCUGUGAAAAAGAUGGGAGUGGACAUACUACAACUGAGGGAGCAGAACAAAAACUUGCGAAGAGACAUUAAACGAUUGGAGGAGCAUCUUCUACAAUUGGAGAGCAGUGUUAUUCUCUCUUCUGCCGACCAGGCAGCUCUGAGUGCACUGACAAAAGCUGACCUUAUCCACAAGAUUUUAGAGCAAUCACAACGGCUUAGUACAGAAAUUACUGCGAAACAGUUACUUCAGAACAAAGUAAAAACCUUACAAAAUGUGUUAAUCGAGAAGAAUGAAGUCGAAGCGAAACUAAUACAGGUACAAGAAGCACACUCUGCUCAACAGAAACUCGUUCGACAUUUGCAGUUGAAGUACGAAAAGUAUCGCAAGUGUUCUGAUAUUUGUAAGCAACAAGAAGAGAUAAUUGUUCAAUUGGAAUCAUUACUUGAACAGAAUGCACAAAAUGUCAAGGUGAAAGAAGCAAUUGCUGUUCUGAGUAAAGAAAACACAAGGCUGAGGAAAAGCCUAUACCAAAACCAAGAACUGUCGUCAAAUCCUCGACAAAAUCACACUCAGGAAGCAACGAUCAGUGCAUUGAGAGCAGAUGUUUCCAAACUUAGAGCCAAGUGUGUAGACUUUGAGACUCAACUAGAGGAGAACAGAAGAAGACAGGGCAAAGGUUUGCACGAGCAGACAAAGGUAUUUGAAGCAAACCAGAAAGUAAAGAUUGCUUCUGCAAGAGAGAAAACCCUACUACGUGAACUUGAAGUAAACGUGAAAACAUGGGCUCAAGACAAAGCCCAGUAUGAAGUACAGUUAGCCGAGUAUCGAGCAAGAGUGCAAAUUCUAGAAGAAGAGCUUACUACUUAUAGAAACAAAAUAGUAACCCACAGGCAGCAAUCCAGAAUAACAGACAGAGAAGCAAUAGAAAGCAGCCAUUCAAGGACGGCAAGGAUCGAUGACAAUCCUAACCCCAUUUCUCAACCACCAACCCGAGCAAGUCAAGACAUAAGAAAUCGAUUGCAGCCACAAUCGAGAGCAGAGGAGGAGCGUAGGCGUCAAUUAAUGUCAGUUUCUCGGCAAUUAUCCUCUCGAAACUCAUUAAGCAUUGCACACCCACAAUCUGUUUUUGGUGACAGUAUAGAGCCAAGACUCAGUUUUUGAUGCUAGAAAAC